AUGCUCAUGAUUGGUAAUGCCCUGCAGAAUAUCACUCAGAGACAAAUUGUUGUUAAGGAUAAGGGACACCAAAGAAAAAAACGAAAAUACGAUCAUCCACAACCAAUUGAAACACCGUCCCCACUUAAACCAGCAUUACGCCCACUCAAAUUAGCAUAUGAAGCAAGCAAAGCUGAAUUAUGUAAGGCGAUGGAAAUAAAGCCAAAAUCGAAAGCUUAUUUACCUGCUCCGUUUGUCAAGCAUAACUUGGCAAGCGGCAACUAUACAACAAAGAUAAGCGAUAGGUUUAAAAACAUUGAUCUGACCGAAGACUUUGGUGUCAAUGAAAUUAACACAGUGGCCACCAAUAUAUCAAAAAUUUUAAUCGAAGCCAUUUUACAAUUCGAAGAUCAAUGGUUCUUUGUCACUGAAUAUGAAAUGUAUGUCCGUAAUCGCAGCCAAGUGGACGAUUGUGCCCAAGAAUCUUGGUGGUUAAUGUACCCUGGGGAAGUAGAAGCUUACAUCGUAAAAAAGAACGAAAAAGGAAACACUUGGUUCGAAGUAAGCAUCUUUUGGGAUAGGCUGGAAUUUCUGGUCACAGGUGGUGUACGUGGUAAUUACUCGGACGGCACCCUCACCCCUUUCCUAGGAUCAGCCCAAAAACAUUUGGAACCAAUGAAUCUGCAAACGCAUACGAGAACAUCUAACAUCAUCAUUCGUGAAGAAGGAGCCGAAGUCUCCCAGACAACAAGAAGACUCAGACAAUAUAAAAAACAGGCUGCUCAUCUGAAAUGGCUCUUCAGGUCUUCAAAAUUUGUAAGGAAAGGGUUUCAUACGACUGUUUCAUUAGAAGUACACCUUAAUUUGGCUAAAGCUAACAUGGCUUCUGUGGCAUCCUUCUUGUUAUCAAGAGUUGUGGAAAAGAAGUUCGAAGAAUCAGAUGUAAAGCAUACCCUCAAAUUAAUAGCUGAUACAAGUGCUUUUCCUUUAAAUAAGCGAAGCAUGACAUUAAGAACGUUCAAAAAAGACUAUCGACAAAUGAAUCUGUCGCCAAGUUACCAAUCAAUCUUCAAGUGUUUUAUUUACUUGUCAGAAGGGAAAAUCGAAGAGCUCACGGGUGACGAUAUCUUGUCUGUCUACAAAGGAACCUUGGCCAAUUAUUGUAAAAACGAAGACGAAAAAAAGCUUCGUCGCAAUACUCAUUUAUUGUGA